CCAUGUUUCAAUGUUUGCAUGGACGCUACUGGCGACAAUACCAGGCACUGAACACAAGCGUACCUUUUUUAACGAUGCCUCGAAUAAAAGUUAAUUUAAUUUAAUUAAUCCGUGUAAAUUUUAGCCCGCUCAACAGAUUUGAUUAACAGAAAUGGAAGUGUAAUUUAGUAAAAUGUAAUAAUUGUAAAUAAAGUGAAGUGAAUGCGCUGUGAUUUUGAAUAGCGCUGUUUUUACUGCGCUUAGCUUGUUGUCUUUUAGGUUAUAGAUCCGUAGCGUUCUUUCAGCUUGCAAACAAUUAUUGCCGAGCUUUUUCUUUGAUUCCACUAUGAAUUUUACCGAAGAUAAUAGUACUCAGGGUACCCUACCCCAAUUCUCUGAACUGACAUCCAGGUCUAACGUCGUCCCUAACUCAAAUUAUACCAGUGCAGACAUUGCAGUACAAUUACAAGGAAACCAAACCGCUGUUUACACCACCGCUUCUGGACCCAACUCAGGAAAACAACAAUCACUGGCUGGCCAGAUAAACCAAGCGGGAAAAUAUCCAGGAACACUACUCGCGUGGCCUGAUCCUAAUACGUUGGUGCAGCUUUGUGAAAAACAGGGUAUGCAGGCGUUAAACAUUCCAAAUUACACUCAAAACACCGCCACCAUUCUUAGCGUCCAGCCCAACAGUUUGCCUGUACGGAUAAUACCAAACAUGUAUUUUCCUGCUACUUCUGAACCAGAAACUAUUGGCCAUAAGCAGCAGGAAUCGGAUACCACAGACAUUGAAAAUUCCAGCAUGGAGUCGCAAAUGCAGUCACAUCACCAAAAUUUUGCAAUGGCCGAAUACCUUCAAAAACUCCAAGCGACGUCGUUACCACUAACGUUGCAACAGCUCAUAAAAUUGCAAGCAGAACAAUUGCAAAUAAAGAAGGAUAAAGUGGACGUACAAAAAAAUAUAGAACAAUCACAAAAUAUUUUGAACAUUCCUAACGUUCCAGUUUUACGAAAUGGUCAAUUACAAAAUGGGACUAACCCAUUCAUAAGUACAGAGAAUAUGUCUAUGAUUACAAUAAAUCCUCACGACUUAAAUGUACACAUCGAAAGCCAAGACAGCGAAAACAACAUACAGCAACCCAUCAAAGUUGAACAACAGGUACAAACUGAUUCACCCAAAACUGAGAAAAAAAUGAAAUUUAGAGCCAAGACUGGAGAGAUCAAAAUCACUGUUGCUCUUGACGGCUCCACGUUAUAUUGCUGUCCAGAGUGCAGCUUAGCCUUUCCUGAUAAAGGAGACAUCGAACAACAUAUCCAAAAUCAUAUACAGGAACGAAAAUAUCAAUGCAAAGAAUGCGGGGCCAUGUUGAAAAGGAAGGAACAUCUAGACCAGCAUAUGAGAGGUCACUCGGAUGAAAGACCAUUCAAAUGUCCGGUAUGUAUGAAAGCCUUUAAGCGAAAUGAGCACCGUACCAGGCAUUACGUAAUCCAUUCGGGUGAUAAAAAUUUCACAUGUAAUGUGUGUCAAAAGGCAUUUUCUAGAAAAGAUCACUUGAAUAAGCAUACGCAAACCCACUCAGGGAUCAAGCGAACAAAAUCGAAAAAAGAUACAGUUUUUACAGACUCGAAAGAGAUGCUUGAUAAGAUAGUGAAUUUAACUCCUAAGCAGGAGCCAACGUUUGUUCAAAAAGACUUUAAUUUCAUGAAACAAGAAACGAACUUUGUUCAACACAUACAGAAUCUUCAAAAAGAUCCAAAUUUGAUACAAACGUUUUCUGCCUUCAAAGAACAAGCGUUGAAAGAUGGAGCUUUAAUACAGCAAUUAGCUGUAAACAUGAACGAAAUCUUGCCACAGAAUACGAGAUAUUUAAUGCCAUCAUAGUUUUAGGUUAAUAGGAAUGAAAAAAAGUCAAAGCAAAGAGAACAAACGAAUGAUAACAUAUUGUAAUAUUGUAUUUUCAAUAGCAAUAAUAUGCUAGCAAUAAUUUUAUUGCUCAUCUAGGGUUAGCCUGGAAGUUGAUUUGAUAGAGGUGCGCAGGUACAAGCAGUUUACCUAAUCAGACCUGGUUUAUUUUUUAGUAAUGACGUAUAUAUCUAUACUAAUGUACCGACAGUUGUAUUUUCUAAAUGAAACAAAAAAUGCAAAUAAACCUAGUCCGGUUGUGUACGAGUUCCCAGUUUCUACCGCGCACCACUACCACAUUAGACCCUUUUAACAGUUAUUAUUUUCCUAACUCUUGGAACGAAUCACAUGAAGUAGUUUCACGAGUGGCUGUUAGAAUUGACAAAUGAAACGAUGAUUUCAAGGGACUAUGGACUGCCCAUAGAGAUGAAGACAUUGACCUAUAGUUGUUAGACUAGCUUUACGGAGAUAUUUUGAAUGGAUCUAGUCUGCAAUCACAAUGAUUAAAUAAUUUUAAAUCGAUCAUUGAGCCAGUAACGUUUUGAUCUGCUUGUAUUUAUAGGCGUUUUGAGAUUUAUUUUUCAAUAAGAAUCAUGAUAAAACUUAACUAUCUAAUUGAUAAUAUAUGUUACGAUUAUUAUUUUAUUUUUAUUCCUCUUCCCAAAUAUUGUCAUAAAGUUAACAAAUUCGGCAUAGACAUUGCAUAAUAUUUCAAGGAAUAUUGGUUUCCAUACAAAUCUUACCGAAUUUCUUCUCUCUUUAUACUUGUACAAUAUGCAUACCUACUAUAUUAUUGAAUUGUACAAACUUAAUCGAGUGCUUUGAAUAAUCGAAGCUACCAAAUGUUCCCACCGGUUACUAAUAAUAAUAAUGAUAAUAAUAGAAAUAAUAAUAAUAAUAAUCUUAAUAAUAGUAAUAAUAAUUUAUGUAAUUAUUAGGAAAUUUUAUUUUCCUUUUUUUCGUCGGCUAAUUUUAUGACAAUAUAAUACAUCAUGCUGCAUAAUAAUCGAGCCAAAGAUCUUACACAUUUAUGCCAGUAUAUGACUGUAUUUUUAUUUUAUUAAUAACUUCUUUGCUCUCAAUUUACGGAGAACUGUUUAUCCAUGAUUCAUUUUUAUGAAAUUUUUUUGAGAUUGACUAGACUACAUACCUAUGAUUUUUAGUGAUCAUUUGAACACUGUGACGAUGUAUUUACGUUGCGCGAUAUACAUUUACUCAACAAAACUGUUGUUAUAUAUGUAUAUGUAUACAUAUAAUAUACUGAUUGCCAAAAAUUACACACACAUGUAUUUUUCUGAUCGAGAUAUUUUGGAAUAAAAGAAACCUAGUGGAAAAAC